UCACAUAAUACAAACCCCCACCACCACCCCAAAAUCAGAACCGCCUGAUCUGAUAAAACCGGUUCCCGAGAUUAAAUAGAUUAGAUUAACAUAACAUCCCACCACUAGGUAAUGACAUUAGUGAGACGCCAUUUCCGCGCUUCAAUGGCGGACUUGGCUUUGGGGCGCGGCGCAGUCGGAGGCGGACGGGGUUGCCUAGUUGUGAUUGUGAUAUUGGCUGUGAUGGGGUGGGGUGGGGUGGAGGGAGGAAGUCGGUUUGUUUAUCAGAUUAGAUUGGUUUGUUUCGUGGGAUAUACGUGUAUUAUACGAGAUGAGGUUCUCGGAUGAACUUCCAUGUCAAGAUAUGAUGUCUAUUGAUUGUAGA